AUGUCUAGUCUUGUAGGAUAUGUGGAUAGUAAAGUACUGUUAGUACUUCAAGAUGGCCGCACAAUCAUUGGCACGCUGUCUGGGUUUGAUCAGCGUUCGAAUGUCGUCUUGUCGAAUUCCACCGAACGGAUAUACAGUGCAGAUGAGUCAGUGGAAGAGGUCCCUCUCGGGUUGUAUCUGGUGAAAGGUGAUAUGAUCAUGUUGAUAGGAGAAGUUGAUGCAGAGAAGGAAGCAUCCAUAGACCUUUCAGCAAUACGAGCGGAUCCAAUACUGCCAAUACGCCAUGGAUGA